UGGACGACUAUAGACAGCGAUUUUUGCUUUUGUCUUUUGCAUAUACCUAGAGCCACAGGUGGUCUGUCAUUAUGCCAAGAGAUCCCUUGAUCGGCCUGGUUGGAAAGCCUUCCAGCGGGAAAUCCACAACGCUGAACAGUCUGACAGAUGCCAGUUCGAAAGUUGGAAACUUCCCGUUCACAACUAUUGACCCUCAGCGCGCCAUUGGAUACCUUCAAAUAGAGUGUGCCUGCAAGCGCUUCAACGUUUCAGACAAAUGCAAGCCGAAUUACGGUAGCUGCGUUGACGGUCGCCGUUCCGUCCCUAUCGAGCUUUUAGAUGUCGCGGGUCUCGUCCCUGGAGCUCAUCAAGGUCGCGGUUUAGGGAAUAAGUUCUUGGACGACCUACGUCAUGCGGAUGCUUUGAUUCAUGUGGUGGAUGUCAGUGGAACAACUGACGCAGAAGGAAAGGCAACGCGCGGAUAUGAUCCAUCGGUAGACAUCGAGUGGCUACGAUCUGAGAUUGUGCGAUGGGUUUUGGGUAAUCUGAUGCAAAAAUGGGGCUCUAUUAAGAGAAGACAUGUUGCGACGAAAUCAACGGCCGUGGAUACAUUACAAGGCCAAUUUUCCGGAUACGGAAGCACAUCGGCGACAGUUGCGCGCUGUCUGGAUAGAAUCGGUCUGAAAGAACCUCUAGAGGAAUGGUCGGACGAAACGAUUGAGCGGGUAGUCCAGGCUUUCAUUGAUGAAAAGUUUCCUACCGUUUUUGCACUGAACAAGAUUGACCAUCCUGACGCGGACAAGAAUAUCAGCAAGAUCGCCAAGAUGCAAGAUCCAAAGUCAAUAGUGCUAUGCUCCGCGAUAUCAGAGGUGUUUCUUCGAAGAUUGGCAAAACAGGGUUACAUCAAGUAUACAGAAGGCAGUGAGUUCUUGGAUACACGAGAAGAUCUCAUAGAGAUGGGCGAUCCCGAUGGUGGCGGUCUAAAAGAGAUGGACGAGAAGUUGAAGAACCGUGUUGAGAACCUGAAAGACAUGGUUCUCUAUCGCUUUGGCUCCACUGGAGUGGUGCAGUGUCUUUCGCGAGCAGCGGAACUCUUGGGACUUGUGCCGGUUUUCCCAGUCAAGAACGUGCACACAUUUUCAUCUGGAGCCGGAAAUGCGGUGUUCAGAGACUGUGUUUUGGUUAAAAGAGGAAGCACGGUAGCCGACGUUGCCCACAAGGUUAUGGGUGACGUUCCCAUCUCUUACAUUGAGGGUGUUGGCGGCACCCGAGUGUCUGAGGAUGAAAUAGUUGGAGUAGGGAAGCAUGAUGUCCUUUCGUUCAAACCUGGCCGAUAGACCAGAAAUAUAUUCCAUCUAUGUACAGUCGAUAUAAGGCAAUUUCUGUAACGAGACAACCACAUGCCAUGAAUAAUACAACGACAAUCGAAGGUCACGAACGCAUGCAAAACUAGUUGCCUCAAGUGGUCAAUCGGUGCGAUCAAGUACCCUUCUAUAAACCAUGAACAGGUUAGCCAGGUGAAACAUUACCGACGACAACAGUCUCCGUUGAGAAGGGGCAGGUAGCACUAACCUCAGCUCUUUCAUCAUUCAUACCGAUUAUCGGUUCAGGCGCCUUAGGGUGUUCCUUUUUAGCUUGACGCUCCUGCUUGAGACCUUCCCUCUCCGUCACCGCUCCCUGCUUGGAUU